ACCACCUCCCCCCAGAUUGAGAUUUAGUUUAUUUUGAUUUGAUUUUCUGUUUUCCCUUUUUAGGACCAGGCCUAAUGUAAAAUACCUCCAGGCGGAGGUUGAAGUGCACACGCCUUCGUUCGCGCGUCCGAGCACUAUUUGCAGACACCCGACUAUGGGAAGGAGUAUUUCUCCGUCGCCGUCUUACCCUAGGAGGAGAUCCUCUCGCUCCCGGUCACCUGUAAAUCCCCGCUAUGGCAACCAUAGAAGCCGCCGGGACCAUAGCCGUUCACCUUACUCUAGCAGGAGAAGAAGUCGUUCGCCACCUUUGAGACACAGGAGAAGCCGUUCCCCUACACCCAAACGCCAUAGGAGAAGACGGAGUCGAAGUUCUUCCUUGGAUUCUCCAUCACCCAAGUCUCGUAGCCCUAGUAUACAAUCAGCUGAUCUUAAAAGUGCAGCAGAGAAACUUAAAAAGGAAGAAGAAGAAAAGAAAAGACUUCAAUUAGAGGCUGAGCUCAAGCAGUUAGAAGAGGAGACAGCAAAUAGAUUGGAGGAAGAAAUAAGGAAAAGGGUUGAGGAGAAGUUGGUUUCUGACGAAGUUAAACUGGAAAUUGAAAAACGAGUGGAAGAAGGUCAGAGAAAACUGUUUGAAGAUGUUGAAGCUCAACUUAGAAAUGAAAAAGAAGAUGCUCUCAAUGAGGCAAGGCGAAAAGAAGAGCAAGCAAGGAAAGAGAGAGAUGAACUGGACAAGAUGCUGGAGGAGAACCGUAGGAGGGUGGAAGAAGCCCAGAGAAAGGCUCUCGAACUUCAGCGUAAAGAGGAUGACCGACUUCGUGAGUUGGAGCUCAUCCAAAGACAACGAGGUGCUUGGCUUAGUAGAGGAGAUAAGCAGCAGCAGGUUUAAUUUGGUGGCUGAACGAGUUGGAAUCAAUUUAUUGUACAACUGACGUUCAUUAUAUAACCUAUGCAUAUAUACCUUCAAAAGUUUAGUGCCAAAAUCUGAUAUGCAAUAACAAAUUCAUUCGAAGUAGUAAUAUUAUCAUGUACUGCAAGCUUGACUAUCUUUUACUGACCAAGGGUGACUUUGGUUUUCGAGUUAUUUUUUAUUUUUGGAUAUGGUCUAUUGAAUUUUGAAAUUCAAACUUCAUAUAAAAUGCCUAAUUGGCAACUGCCAGCUAGGUU